CUGGUGGCGGCGCCGGCGCCGGCGGAGGGCGGGGCGGCGGAGGGCGCGGCGCCCAAGCGCGUCAGCUUCACGGGCGGCGAGCAGCGGCUGGGCGCGGGCGCGGGCGCGGUCGCGUGGCCCACGCGCAACGGCCCGGCCCCGCAGCCGCCCACGCGUCAGCACCUCGAGCCCGCGCCCCUGCGCCCGCUGCUGCACCUGCCGCCGCACCUGCACUACCACUCUGAGUCCGAGUCCGGCAGCGAGGCCGGCGAGGUGCAGCGCAUCCUCACGCGCCACCGACCAGGCGCGGGCCCGCCGCCGCCGCCCGCGGCCAACAAGGGCUCCACCAAGAAGAAGAGGAAGUUCGGUCGAGAAGCGAGAUUUUCAUCCGAUGUUCAAUAUGUAUUAUCUUGUUUAUUUAUUUGUGUAUGUUCAUUUAAUAAAAUAAAAUGUCCUGUAUUUGUAAUUUGUCCAACUGUUUUAUAUGGCCGUAAUAUCGUCUCAUACGAUUAU